UAGAACUUGUUACGCUCCGGAAACGAAAGCACAAGUGCGGACAAUUUUUUUUUUUAUUAGAAGAAGAAAGUUUUGAAUUUUUCUUUUUUUUUCUCUGUAAAAAGGAAAGAAAUUUAAUUUUCUUUUUUUUUUUUAAAUUGAAAAUUAGAAGAGAGGAAGAAAAAAUGGUGCAGAUUGUUGGAAAAUACGAGCAUGAGAGGAGCGAGAAUCUUGAAGAAUAUUUGAAGACUGUGGUGGGUGAGGAACACGCCGAUAAAGCUGCAACUUUUGCACAGAGCAAGCCAGUUCUUGAGGUUGGAAAUAAUGGAGACGAUUACACUAUCACUGUUUCUAAUGAUGGAAAAAGUAAUACGACUACUUUUCAACUCGGUGUACCUUAUGACGAGACAAUGCCCCAUGGAGUUACAAUGAAGAGUUUAACGACGCAAGAAGGUGACAAAUUCACAACUAAAACGGAACUUCCCAAUGGAAAUAAAUCCGUCCGUGUUUACGAAUUCACAGAAAAUGGAAUUACUGUCCAUUUAUCGGACGAGAACACUGGCGCAAAGGGAACUCGUUACUACAAGAGAAUGUAAUUUUUUUCGAAUUUUAGGCAAUCAUUAAUUUUAAAUCAAGUUUUAAAUAAACUUUUUAUCUAGAA